AUGGAUUUAUUAAACAACGUUUCAACUAACGAGACUGAUGAGUGCGAGAAAGAGCUACAAAUGGAUGAUGUUUAUAAACUUGGAUUGGUUUUCGCGUAUGGUGUUGUGGGUAUUUUGUCGCUUUUUGGAAACGCGAUUGUCUUGUUGAUGGUUGUUUGUCGGAGAGAGAUGCGAACAGCCACCAAUAUUUUCAUCUCAAGUGUCAGUGCGGCUGAUUUAGUGAUCACCCUUUUCUCCUUAUGGGCCACUCCAUUCUCCUACUAUCAACGAACAUGGCUUUUUGGGGAAGGAAUGUGCUACUUUGUCUACAUGAUUCAAGGUGCUUCUCUGAUGUGGGCACCACUAGCUCUAGCUGCCAUCGCUGUCGAUCGAUAUAUGUUGGUGGCAAAUCCAUUCAGGAAGCAACUCUCCCCUUUGAAUUGUCUUCUUAUUAUCUGUUCUGUUUGGGCUGCCGGUUUCGUCAUUUUAUCUCCAAUGAUGACCCAUUUAAGCUAUGUGGAAUUCGAACUGCCUUGCGACAAAGCGUACUGCAUCGAGUAUUGGAAACCCCGAGAGUAUCGUCUUUUUUACGGUAUUUUCGUCUUCUUGGUUCACUCAUUCAUCCCACUCAUUAUCAUUUCUUGGUGUCACUACAGGAUUGCUUCAAUUCUCAGCUCACAAAACUCAAAACUACAAAAGAAUCGUUCAAAAUCAACAUAUGGUGUUGCUUUGGAUAUUAGCAGAAAACAGCGACUACAAAAGCUUUUAUUAGCAAUGGUGCUCAUCUUUGCCGUCUCCUCGUUACCAAUGGAUGUCUUUAAUGUGUAUCAAGAUAUUGAAUUGAUUCAUAAUUUUCGUUGGUUGUCUGAAGAUGUUUCCCAUAUGCUCUUCUACUUUUCUCACUUAUUAGCGAUGGCGGGCACAUUGUUAAAUCCACUUGUGUACGCUUGGUGGAAUGAGAACUUCAGAAGGCAGAUCAAGUCAAUCUUCAAAGAGCUACGUGGAAUUCGAGAGCCGCCUUUUAAGACAUCGAUCUACGAAAAGCAGUCAAGGUUUUCGUUGAGAAAUCCCGAAGCUCUAACCGCUGAACAACAGAUUGUUCUCCAAUGUGCUGAUGGUGAAGACCCAUCGAAUGACGUUCAAAUC